UUGACGGACGGACUGGAGUCAUGUUGAACUUUCGUUUUGCUUCUCGUCGUCAUAAAUAUGUUUUGACUGAUUAAACAACGAUGUCCGACAUACUGAUGAAGGAAAUGGAGAGUAUAUCGAUCAGCUCAAUUAAGCCAGAGCGGCGUCCAGACGAUGUCCGGAGCUUCCUGCUGGUGGAUGAUCAAGAAAACCUGCAGGUCCGUGAUGAGUCUGAGUUUCUGGAUAAACUCGGGUGUGGGGACGUUGCAGGUGUCAAGGUCCUCUCCAUCUUUGGCAACACCGGUGACGGCAAGUCCCACACCCUCAACCACAUCCUAUUCGGUGGUGAGAGUGUGUUCUUCACCUCAAAGUCACCCAGCUCCUGUACGGUGGGAGUGUGGGCCGCCUUUGACCCCAACCUCAGCCUGAUCGCCCUGGAUACUGAGGGUCUCUUGGGAGCUGCUGCCAACCAGAACCAGAGAAUGCGGCUGUUGCUGAAGGUAUUGGCAGUGUCUGAUGUUGUAGUCUAUCGUACACGAGCCGAACGCCUCCACAACGACAUGUUCCACUUCCUGAGCAGCGCCUCUGGGGCCUACCUGAAGCAUUUCACCCCCGAGCUCAGGGCUCUCUCAAACCGCUGUGGUCUUGAUGUGCCCCUCUCUUCUCUUGGGCCCGCUGUCAUCGUCUUCCAAGAGACAACACACACUCAGUUGCUGGGUCAUGACUCCAAGGUGGCCGGUGACGCUGACAAGCUGCUCCAGAAGCGUUUUCAUGACCUGAACCUGGGGACAGAGGCCUUCAGCUCAGUGCAGUAUGUAGGCACCCAGACCAUCACGCCUCCCACAAACUAUAACAGCCUGCUGGACGCCGUCAGGCAACAAGUGAAGAACACUCACACACGCUCCGCCCGCCAACCUGGCAUAGUGUUUCACGCACUGAAAGCCCUGAGUGAGCGUUUCUGUGGGGAACUGUCUGAUGAAAAGAUGACCCUGCACUCCUUCUUCCCAGACGAGUACUUCACCUGCUCUGCUGUCUGUCUCAGCUGCAACAUUCGCUGUAAAAAUGGAAUGAACCAUCUGAGAGACAGGGUCCCUCACUCGGCCGAUGGGCUCUGCCAGUACGCGCACCAGUACAACAACAAGGUCCUCAUCUGUAAACGGUGCUAUGAAGGAGGCAGAGAGGUGAUUGUUGUGCCCAAGACGUCAGCUUCCACUGACAACCCAUGGUUUGGGCUGGCCAAGUAUGCCUGGUCAGGUUAUGUGUUGGAGUGUGCUAGCUGUGGUGUAAUCUACCGCAGCAGACAGUACUGGAUGGGAAAUCAGGACCCUGAGAGCAAUGUGGUGCGAUCUGAAGUCAAGCACGUCUGGGAGGGGUCGGACACCUUCCUGACCAAUCACCAGAACGCCGCCCAGAGGGUCCUGGAUGGGAUGAACUACAUGAUUCAGUCAGUGUCGGAGUACAGCACUGGCCCCACCAAAGCUGUCGCUGCCUGGCUCACUGACCAGGUGGCACCCCCCUACUGGAGACCCAACACAGAGAUCACUGCCUGUCAUGGCUGUAAGAAAGUGUUUGAGGAGGCAGAGAGGAAGCACCACUGCCGAUCGUGUGGCGAGGGUUUCUGCCAUCCCUGCUCCAGCCAUAGGAUGCCAGUCCCAGAGAGGGGUUGGGGCACUGGCCCUGUCAGGGUGUGUGAGGCCUGCUACCGCCAGGGAGGGCCACCUGAUACUAACAGUCAGGUGUGCAAGGUGGAGCCUCGCGGCCUCAUAGCUCGCAGGGUGACGGAGGUGGCUCAGUCUACACUGGACAUAGUCAGCACAGCUGUGGACUACCCUCUCUGUUUUGUGAAGGAUGUGGCUCGACCAGACUACUGGGUGCCAGACCAGGAGAUCACCCAGUGCCACCAGUGCUCCAAAACCUUCACCCCAGUCAUGUCCAAGCACCACUGCAGGGCCUGUGGACAGGGCGUGUGCGGACCCUGCUCCACACACGUCAGGCCCGUGCCUUCCAGAGGCUGGGACCACCCAGUCAGGGUGUGUGACAGCUGCCACGGCCGCAAAGACAGUCUGUGAUUUUUACAACCAGGAAAACUUAACUCAAAAAGUGCACUCGGUCUUCCUGCGAUGAUCCGCAAAAACACUGUGAGUCGUGGUACUGCUGCUCUGAGAGAACAAGGGUUGAUCAUCUUACCGUUGCUCAGUGGCAGAACUGGAAUCAGCUUUGUUUUGGUGUGAAAAGACAAGCUGCUCAAAACGAUCACCAACUGGAUUCCAGUCUUUUAUCAUCUCUGGCCCAGGGUCUGCUUUUCUUAACCAGCUGAUUCUGCAUCAGCUAUGAGACGUAGAUCACCUUCACUACAGCCCCAGUCAAACUGCGAGCAAAUGGAAAUCUGGACAUAUGUUUUUAACUGACUGGUGGCAUUUUUAAAAAAAAUGAAGACAUAUAACUCCCGUCAGUUCUUAUUAUAGCAGCAGAGCUUGAACUUUAAACAGACUUCCUUGUUCAUUUGUGUUUGCACAGCUCUGCAGCAGGCUGCCUGUUCUCAAUCUGAGCAGUUUGUUAGCUAAAAACGACAGGAGAACAAGUAAAAGAGGUGUACUGGGAAUAGUGGGAGAUUUUAGAGUUUAAAGGUUUUUUUUUUAAUCUCUGUUUCAAAGAACAUGAAGCCAUGACAACCACUUACAUUGUCUCUCAUAUGGCUCUUUUGCAAAGCAUUCAAAAGAGUUGAGACUGCAGUGAUUUUAUCCUUCACAGUCUUCUUCUGAAGCAUCUCAGAGACUUUCAGAGUCUGGGAAGGAGGGACAUGAAAAUUAUGGACAGACAGUAGAAACAGACUUAAAGUUGUAGAUUGGCAUGUGUCUGCAUUACUCAGGGCAGAAAGAGAUGCAAGGUGUCAGAGCAAGAGCUACAGCUUAGUGUGCCUUCAUGGGAAUCUUGAUUCCCGUUUCUUUAGCCCCCAAUGUUUUGUUUUUGAGGAUUCCUCCAUACGUGCAUGCACUAACGAGAUUUUUUGUGCCUAAUUAUGGAGCUAUGUAAUUUACAGCCUAGCUCCUGAGGCUAUUACAGUGGUAUCUACACUAUGAUGAAAUGCAUAGGAUGAUAAAAUCUGUAGCAUAACACAUGAAACACAUUCCAAUAUAUGGAAAUACCUGUGUAUUGACGUAGAUUUACCUUUCUGAGGUUCAGAAAAAUUUCUAACUAUUAGGAAAAUACACCUGCAAUAGACUGGACAAUUGAGUUGUUUUGACUUUUCUCAUUUUUCUCAUAUUAAAUCACUUGCAAUGUUAAGUACAAAUGAUAAACACAUUGAUGGAAAAUUACAAAGGGAGGUUUUUUUCUGUGUAACAUACUGGAUCCAUUAAUGCUGUUUUUCUUUCUCUGUUUAGAAAUAAUCAAUUUAAGUUUGAAUGAUGUUUUCCAGUUAAAUCCAGCAACUGACAAUCUUUUUUUCUAAUUUUUUCCCCAGAUUUGUUUCCUUUAAUAAAUCAGGCUUAUACAAAUAAAGAAAACCAAGGGACA